AUGCAUAAAAUAAGAGUAAUUGGACCCAUAAAUAGCUGUUAAUCGUCCUUGAUGCUUUCAUUACAUUUUUUAUUCCUAGGCCUUAACUACUACACAUGAUACACAUUAAAAAAUAUGCAAGUUGCAUAAAUUAUCGAACUUUGCACUACAUUCACCUGCAACACUUCUUCAAUCUAAACAAGUGAUUGAUCUUCUUGAUAAUUCUUAUCUUUUCAACUCUUUCUUACUUUUCUCAAAAAAUGGUCGACGCCUUACUUGGAGUUGUGGUGCAAAAUUUGACAUCUCUUCUUCAAAAUGAAUUUGCCACCAUUUCUGGUAUCAAGUCAAAAGCUGAAAAACUAUCAAUCACCUUAGAUCUCAAAUAACAGACAGCUCUAUGAAUAUAUAGCUUCAGGAACUCAAAGAUGCAGUUUAUGUGCUAGAUGAUAUUCUUGAUGAAUGUUCCAUUCAAUCCGACCGGCUUAGGGGAUCAUUCUCUUUCAAAGCGAUGAACAUCAUGUUUCGACGUGAUAUUGGCAAUAGGUUGAAUGAUAUUACAAGGAGAUUUGAUCAAAUUACUGAAAGUAAGAACAAGUUUCUUCUACGAGAGAGUGUUCGUGUUAGAGAACGCCCAACUGAAGUAGAUGAAUGGCGCCAAACCAGCUCCCUUGUUGUUGAACCAAAAGUGUAUGGACGCGAAGAUGAUAAAGAGAAGAUUGUCAAGUUUCUUCUAGCACAAGUAAGGGAUUCUGAAUUCCUUUCUGUCUAUGCCAUAGUUGGCUUAGGUGGUGUUGGAAAAACAACUCUUGCUCAAGUGGUCUACAAUGAUGUUAGGGUGAGUAACAAUUUUAAUACAAAAAUUUGGAUUUAUGUUUCGGAGGCUUUUUCGGUCAAGAGAAUUCUGUAUUCCAUAUAGAAUUUAUCACAGCGGAGAAGUGUGAUGCCUUGGAUUUAGAUGUAAUACAACGAAAGGUGCAAGAAGGGUUGCAAGGAAAAAGAUAUUUGUUGGUUUUGGACGAUGUUUGGAGCAAAAAUCAACAAUUUGAAUUCGGAUUAAGUCAAGAGAAAUGGAAUAGUUUGAAAUAUGUGUUGUCAUGUGGAUCCAAAGGUAGUUCCAUUUUAGUGUCCACUCGUGACGAGGGUCUGCAAUCCCUUCAAACCAUG